AUGCGAUACUAUGAUCAUUAUGAUGAAGAUUCACAAGAAGAGGUUGAGUCGAUGGAUAGUUUCUAUGACAUACUUGAAACUAUGAUUGUGCCUACUAAGGAAGAAGUUCAUCGCUCCUUAAAAUCUAUAUCAAUACAGAAUUACUAUCAAAUUAGUGGAGUUGCUAGUCUUGGUGACUAUAUUGUUGAUAAUGAUGAAAUUUCGGAUAUUCAGGACAAUGGUACCUUAUAUAACUAUUUUGAUGUUCCUAUCGAUGAUGACUUUGAACACAAGAGGUUUCUUUGGCGUCAAGAGGUUGUGGGGAUCACUCAAUAUCGUGGUCAAGAUGACUAUUACUUAUAUGAUCCUCCUCCGAAGGACAUUAUUUCCAAGACGUUAAUGCUACAUGAAGAAGCCAUUGGUGAUGAUGUCCGAGAUAUAACGGCAAACAACAACGAUGCUGAGGUAGUUGUGGAGAAUGUUCCUAACACUAUGGAUAUUUCAGUACCUACUAUUCCUACAUCUUGUUCGCUCAAAGUGGUCGAUGAACAUGAAGACCCAACUCUCAUGCAUUCAUAUGAAGAAGUUGAGCACACUGAUUUUGUGUUCGGGGGUAUAUGGUAUCAUAUUGAGGUAGACAUCAAGGAUGAUGGAAGAUUGAAGGCAAAGAAUGGCUCGCAUCAAGCCAAACUCAAGUCGAAAAUGAAGUUGAAAAGUUGGUGUCGAGUUGCUGGUCGAGAGAAGGAAGUCAACAAAACAGUCGACAGAGGUACAAUGCGAUACUAUGAUCAUUAUGAUGAAGAUUCACAAGAAGAGGUUGAGUCGAUGGAUAGUUUCUAUGACAUACUUGAAACUAUGAUUGUGCCUACUAAGGAAGAAGUUCAUCGCUCCUUAAAAUCUAUAUCAAUACAGAAUUACUAUCAAAUUAGUGGAGUUGCUAGUCUUGGUGACUAUAUUGUUGAUAAUGAUGAAAUUUCGGAUAUUCAGGACGAUGGUACCUUAUAUAACUAUUUUGAUGUUCCUAUCGAUGAUGACUUUGAACACAAGAGGUUUCUUUGGCGUCAAGAGGUUUUGGGGAUCACUCAAUAUCGUGGUCAAGAUGACUAUUACUUAUAUGAUCCUCCUCCGAAGGACAUUAUUUCCAAGACGUUAAUGCUACAUGAAGAAGCCAUUGGUGAUGAUGUCCGAGAUAUAACGGCAAACAACAACGAUGCUGAGGUAGUUGUGGAGAAUGUUCCUAACACUAUGGAUAUUUCAGUACCUACUAUUCCUACAUCUUGUUCGCUCAAAGUGGUCGAUGAACAUGAAGACCCAACUCUCAUGCAUUCAUAUGAAGAAGUUGAGCACACUGAUUUUGUGUUCGGUGAUAAACUUCCAAUAGAGGCGGUGGGGGGUAUAUGGUAUCAUAUUGAGGUAGACAUCAAGGAUGAUGGAAGAUUGAAGGCAAAGAAUGGCUCGCAUCAAGCCAAACUCAAGUCGAAAAUGAAGUUGAAAAGUUGGUGUCGAGUUGCUGGUCGAGAGAAGGAAGUCAACAAAACAGUCGACAGAGGUUCGUCGACCUUUCUGUCACCCGACACCAAAGCCGACGCAGAACCCUAA